AUGUCUAAGACUCUGAAAGAUCAGUUUGAUAAAGAUUGGUUGACUCCAUGGGAAGGAAAAACAAAUAGUAUCAGAAUUUGUGAUAUCAAUACAGCUAACGAAAUAUUAGGAUAUCUAGAUAAUGCUAAAAAUAUGAAUUAUAAAAAGAUGUAUUACGCAAAAAGACGUUGUAUCGGAAUUAUCUACCAUGGAUUUGUUGAUUGGCCGUUUGGACAUACUGACGAAUGUUGUCAGGAUGCUAAUGAUUCGUUUUAUACAAAUGAUCUAUCUUUUGAUAUUUUUAAUUUGCUUUUAAACAAAGCAAAUAUUCUAUAUGGUGAUAAAUUAAAUCUACAAGGGAAUGAUAUGGAAUUAUUUCAUUAUAAAUCUGGUGGACCGUAUCACAUCACUGGUGCUCCUCUUGUAAUGGAAAGGAAUAUCAAAUUUAUCGAAAGUUUGAUAAUUGAUUUUAAAUUUAUCCCAUUUCCUCCAAGAAUUAGAAAUGAAGAAGGAAAUGUACCCUAUCCUUCUUUUGAUGGGUUCGAAAAUAAUAAACAGUUAAAUGUUAUUGCUAGAAGUAUAUUACUUGAUCUGAAACUCGUUAAUUUCUGGAAAAAGAUUGGUUAUCAUAAUAUAUGUGAUCAUGUAAAUAGCUUG